AUGUUAGCAGUCAGCUCAGGCCUCAGUGCAUAUGCCGGCAGUGGACCAUGGUACACCUGCCGGCCGGAUGGCGGAAAUCCGCUUCGCUUCGCAAAGAAAGGCAUCGCCAGCUCUGGUGGCUGUGCAGCGGAAACCUUCCCAUCGAUGCUGAAGAGAGCAGCCGAAUCGAAAGGAGACAAGCCCGCGAUGAAGGUGGAGCGGCCUCUGCCACCCCAGGACAAGGACGGCACGGUCCCGCCUGCACUUCCGGACGAGGAGUGGACGACCUGGACUUUCAAGGACUACUACCGUGAUGCGCGUCGAGCAGCUCGCGCCUUCCUCAAGCUCGGUCUCCAGCCCUAUGACUCCGUGAGCGUUUGGGGCUUCAAUGCUCCCGAAUGGGCUUUUACCAUGGCUGGAGCAACGAUGGUUGGGGCCAAGCUCGCCGGGUUGUACCCUACCGACACCCCUGACACGGCAGCUUUCAAAGUCGCGCACAGCGGAGCUGCGGUGGUGGUGUAUGAGGACAAGAACAAGCUGGACAGGCUAGUGAAAGCACUCAAUGCACGAAGCGAUCCCAAGCUUCCACGUGUCAAAGCUUUCGUGGCCUAUGGCUACACUCCGGCCGAUGGUGAGACGGUGGCGAUCAAGGGCUAUGCGAAGCCGGUCUUGAGCUGGGCGGCGCUGAUGCAGAUGGGCCAGGUUCCUGGCGAUGAUGAGACGGUUUGUGAGGAGAGCUCGGCAGACGGUGGUAUGUGCGCGGCAGAGGCAGAAACGUCGGAAUCCGAAUCCUCUGUAAGGCCGUCGCACGCGGGCGAAGCGGAUGCGCAGCUUGAUGCGCGCAUAGCCGCGGUGAAGCCCGAGCAGUGUGCUGCCUUGGUGUACACAUCUGGCACCACGGGCGAACCAAAGGCUGUGAUGAUCUCUCACGAUUCACUCAUCUUCGAGACCAGUUCUGUGUUCCUCUCCACUGUCGGGAAAAUCCACGACAUUGGCGUCAACCCAGUCCAGGAGCGUAUCCUUUCCUAUCUGCCGAUGUCUCAUGUGGCCGGACUCAUGGUUGAUGUUUGUGUUCCGACGGUUAUGACAGGCAAAUCGCCCUCGUGGUGCACCGUUUAUUUCGCGCGGCCUUACGACCUGAAAGCCGGUUCGGUGAAGGACCGGCUUUGCGCAUGUCGGCCGACCUGCUUUUUGGGAGUGCCUCUGGUGUGGGAGAAGAUCGCCGACAAGCUCCGGGCCAUCGGAGCGGCAAACUCAGGCCUGAAGCAGUCCAUUGCCACCUGGGCCAAAGACCUGGGCCUCAAGUACUCCAAGAACUGCUUGAUGGGAGGCGAUGGCUCCAAGCCCUUCGGGCAUACCCUGGCAGACAAGGUCGUGCUGAAGAACGUGAAGGCAGCACUGGGAAUGGACCAGCUGAAGUAUGGGGCGACAGGUGCCGCCCCGAUCCGAGUGGAUACGUUGGAAUACUUCGGUUCCCUGGGCAUUGACAUCCUGGAGCUUUAUGGCAUGUCCGAAUGCACCGGAGCAGCCACGGUGUCGUCGCACGCAGCACACUUCUGGGGUUGCUGCGGUCACCCGAUCAACGGCGUAGAGGUGAAAGUGUUCAAGGUCGACCCUGACGACAUCAACAAGAAGCAGGAAUGUCCCAGGAGUCCGGGCUUGGACAACCUGGAUGAUGUAUUCCAAGGUGAAGUCUGCUUCCGCGGUCGUAACAUCAUGAUGGGCUACUUGGCGCAGCCAGACUUCGGAGAUGCCCACGUGAAAUCGAUUGAAAAGAAGACCAUGGAGGCCAUCGACAGGGAGGGCUGGAUGCACUCCGGCGACAAGGGCAUGAUGACCGAGAGUGGCAUGCUGAAGAUCACGGGGCGUUUCAAAGAGCUGAUCAUCGGGGACGGCGGCGAGAAUAUCGCGCCAGUACCCAUCGAGGACCACAUCAAGGCUGCCUGCGAUGGCAUCAACGAGGUCAUGAUGAUCGGUGACAAGCGGAAGUUCAACGUGGCAAUCAUCACAUUGAAGGCCGUUGGCGCAAACGGCGAGGUCCCUGGCACCGACGAACUGGAUGCCGGUGCAAAGCGAGUGAACCCGGCAGUGAAGACCAUCAGCGCCGCGCUAGAUGACAAGACCUGGAUAGAGACGGUCACCAAAGCCGUGACGUCCGCCAACAGCGAUGGUAAGAUCUGCCCGAACAACGCCUUCAAAGUGCAGAAGUUCAUGAUCUUGCCGACCAACUUCUCCGAAGAGCAGGGUCAUCUGACGCCAACGAAGAAGCUCAAGAGACCCGUCGUGGAGAAGGCCUUCAGCAAGCAAGUUGAGCAAAUGUACGCCUCAAAGGAGACGUACGUGCGAUACCAGGCCUAG